UUUCUGUUAUGUGAUGACAUAUGACAUAGAAUUUUACUUUUCUGUGGUUAUGAAGUUACUAGAGGACCUAAUGUUUUGAUUAGAAUUUUCAUUAUUAGAUUGUAAAAAAUAUUUAUUUGAAGUACAAUAUUUGUAAAUGUACAGCAUUUAAUAUCUUUUAAUUUUAAUAUAUAACAAAAUUCUAAAAUGGCUCGUCACAGAGAUAUACGAAAUAUGGUUCCAGAAGAUUAUGCAUAUGAUGAUGAAGUAUAUGGCCACUCAGUCGAUGAUGAUUAUUAUAUAUCUCCUAGUCAUAGACAAUUUAUAUACAAUCGAGAGGUUUCUACACGAAGCUCAGAAAGUGAUAUAAAAGAGGAAUUGGAGGUUGAAGUGGAGUUAUCAGAUACUGACAAGGCUAAACUAGAAUCUUGUAUUGAUAAAAUUAAGGAAAUGUUAGGCGCUCUUGCUAUUUCCAGGAACGAUCUGGUCAACAUAAUUGUCCAGGACAAUUUCGAUGUUGAGAAAGCAACUAACACAAUUUUGGAGAACCCAAGAUUUUCACAGACUGGAACCACUAAAACAAAAGUUUUCUCACAAUCAGCUGCAAUCCAGCUAUCUGAAGGGGAAGGCACUAACGUUAAAGUGGUUGCCUCGACUCCUCAAACCGCCACUAAUGUUACUAAGGGUUUUGAGUUGCCUCAAAAGAAAUUUGACUCGACCCCGAGAUCCCAGUCCCCUGCUUCUGGAAGGGCAACUCCAGUCUACACGGCUAACUCUGAAACAUCCGACGAGAACAGAAACCAAAAAGUCAGAGACAGCAAGUUUGAUCCUCAAGAAAUGUUUAAAAAAGAACGAGGGACUGGCAAAGAACAUUUGUACAUGGUGGUUGUCGGUCAUGUUGAUGCUGGAAAGAGUACCCUAAUGGGACAUUUACUUUGCAAGUUGGGACAGGUCAACCAACGAACGAUGCAUAAAUACGAACAGGAAAGUAAGAAACUUGGAAAACAAAGUUUCAUGUAUGCUUGGGUUCUUGACGAAACUGGAGAAGAGCGCAACAGGGGAAUCACCAUGGAUGUGGGGAGGUUUCAGUUCGAAACUAACAACAAAGCGGUAACUCUACUGGACGCUCCUGGUCAUAAAGACUUCAUCCCCAACAUGAUCUCAGGAGCAGGUCAGGCUGACGUAGCUCUCUUGGUAAUCGACGCAACUUGUGGAGAAUUCGAAACUGGUUUUGACUUGGGUGGACAAACUAGAGAACACGCUCUUCUUGUGAGAUCUCUCGGGGUGACCCAACUGGCCGUUGUAAUCAACAAACUAGACACUGUGUCGUGGUCGCAAGAUAGAUUCAAUGAAAUCGUCAAAAAGUUGACGACUUUUCUUAGGUUAGUUGGUUUCAAGGAGUCUGAUGUAACCUUCGUACCCUGCAGUGGAUUAACCGGGGAGAACCUGAUCACUAAACCUACUGAAAUCAAACUAUCAGAAUGGUACAAUGGGCCUUGCCUCAUGGAUGUGAUAGAUAAUUUUAGAACCUUAGAUAGGCCAGUAUCUAAACCUUUCAGAUUAUCGGUCAAUGAUAUAUUCAAGGGCACAGGUACAUUUUUUUGCGUAUCUGGAAGAGUAGAAACCGGAACUUUGAGAGCUGGUGACAGAGUGUUGAUUUGCCCCAACAAAGAGUUUGCUACUGUCAAGUCUCUCAGCAUAGAAGAAGUGCCACAUUCUGUUGUUUUUGCUGGUGAUCAAGUUACAGCUACCCUGUCGGGGAUUGACAUGCAAAACGUUUCUGUAGGAAAUAUUUUAUGUGACCCCCAGAAUCCUGUUCAAGUAGUUUCCAAGUUUCAAGCUAGAAUAGUUGUCUUUAAUGUUACUGUUCCUAUUACGAAAGGAUUUUCUGUAAUUCUACACAACCAGUCGCUGGUUGAACCAGUGAUUGUGAGCAAAUUGAUUUCCCAGUUGAACAAAAACACUGGAGAAGUACUGAAGAAACAUCCCAGGUUUCUAGGGAACAAUACCAGUGCUAUUGUAGAAAUUCAAUCGUCAAAACCUAUUGCUCUAGAAUUAUAUAGUGAAUACAAAGAACUUGGAAGGGUUAUGUUAAGGGUGGGGGGCGUAACAAUAGCAGCGGGGCUCGUUACUAAAAUUAUAUUGUAAAUAUUUUUUUAUUCAUUUUGAGGAAAAUUCAAUGAACUUCAGUUGCCUAUAAUAAGGACUUAUCACUGAAAUUAUAUUGUGAACUAUUUUAUGUUAAUAAAAAUUAAGUGGCCUGA